GUUGUCGCUGUUGGUAGCUGUCACUAAACAGGUUGUGUUUGUCAGUCGUGAGGUGAUAGCGCUAAUGUACGUUACAUACCUAAUCCAAUACAGAAACUUUCACGCGCAAAUUGAUCAGUGAAGAUACGAAAAUGAGGCCUCUCGACAAGGAGCUCUGCGAGACGGAGCCAGGGGACCGUUACUAUAACUACAGGAAGGAUUUCAAGACCGCUCUACCUCAGAUCAUAGCUGUCAGCGUCAAGAAUCUACUCAUAUUGGGUUACGGAAUGACCCUGGGUUUCCCCACCAUCCUAAUACCAGCUGUCAGCCAACCCCAGGAUGGAGAGAUAUUGCAUCUCAAUAAUACUGAAGUGUCUUGGAUAGGCUCAAUAAACCUGAUUGUUGUGCCGCUGGGAUGCGCUCUGUCGGGAGUGGUGACGUCACCUCUUGGUCGACGCCGAGCUAUGCAGGCGGUCAAUCUGCCCUUCAUCAUCGCCUGGCUACUCUUCUACUACUCAAAGACCCCUGUUUACCUCUACGCCGCUCUCUUUCUAACCGGUCUCGCUGGAGGAUUGCUUGAAGCGCCAGUGCUGACUUACGUUGCGGAGAUCACGCAGCCGCACUUGCGCGGCUCGUUGUCUGCCACCAGUUCGAUGUGUGUCAUCCUCGGAGUGUUCACUCAAUUCCUGUUCGGUACAUUGAUGAACUGGCGUACGGUAGCACUUGUAAACAUUAGUUUUACAAUAAUAGCAGUCAUUGCACUAUUCUUUAUCCCGGAAUCACCGCAUUGGCUGAUAUCAAGAAACCGAGACGAUGAAGCUAGGAAGAGUUUGCAAUGGCUUCGCGGUUGGACGACAGAGGAUGAAGUUGAUACGGAGUUGAGAGACAUUCAAGCUCUGUUCUGGAUAGGUAGAAGUUGAAAUAGAAUUUUAUUUGUUAAUAUUGCAGAGGAAAUGGUGUCGCACAAGUAUAAAUGGACCGCAAAUUUGUCGAAUUACCGCGAGCGCAAAUUUUACGUACCAUUCUGCCUCGUCAGCUACAGCUUCUUCGUGGGCCACUUUAGCGGCAUGACUACUUUGCAGACGUACGCAGUAUCAAUAUUCCAGGCGUUAGACGCGCCAUUAGACAAGUAUCGGGCAACGCUGAUACUGGGCGCGGUGCAGAUAGCGGGCGCCGCGUGCUGCGUACUGUUGGUGCGGAUUGCAGGCAAGCGAACACUUACGCUGGUAUCCACUGCUGGGGCUGGCUUAUGCUGUCUCUUGCUCGCAGCUUACGAUGUUUACAUUAAAAUGUAUUCGCGGCCGCAUGUAUCAGUAAGCAGUAAUGGCGUAUAUAUCAAGAUGAACAGCUCUCUUACUGAAACCACGAACAUCGGUCACUCCUGGAUGCCAACAACACUUCUGAUGAUGUUGGCUUUCAUCACCCACACCGGUAUACGACUGUUGCCUUGGAUACUUAUUGGAGAGGUGUUCAGCGCACAGACAAGGUCAGGAGCAUCAGGUCUGGCCAGCGCUAUGGGUUAUAUCUUCGGUUUUAUCACCAACAAAGCAUACAUCAACAUGGUCGAUAAACUCUCAAUAUGGGGUACUUACGGAUUUUAUGGACUCAUUUGUUUAACUGGAUGCAUAGUAUUUGCUCUAAUAUUGCCUGAAACAGAAGGGAAAAAUUUGAUUGACAUUGAAAAUCACUUCGCAGGCAUUAAGAAGCUUGAUAACAAAGUUUAUCGUUCAAAGAGAAGAAAAACUAUUCCUGAGUCAAAAAUGAAUGAUAUCGGAGGUAUCCAAAAUCAAUCAUACGAGCCCGACACAACGAGCCUUUAAACAUUUCUAUAAUAAACCAUUUGUCCAAAG